UUUUCGAUAGUUGUCAAUUAAUUGUAUCCAUCACUACAUUAAUAGUUAUUACAGUUAUUUCAUUUUCGUGGUGAUUCAGAGUGGCACGUAAAUGCAAAUUAAUGCAACUUACCGGAACAAGCAGUCUUUAAUGUGAUGAUAAUGGAGGAAAUUCGGUGUGAUUUCGACAUCUGAAUUGUUAUGAUCCUAUGUUUGAAUAUGCAUGAUAUGUAGUUCUCUCUGGGUACAAAGCGCACCGAAUUGCGGGAACACAGUGUACAGUUUAAUUGUUGCAGAAAUAUAUUUCAAGGAGUUCCGCAGUCUGCAGCAGCACAGGUGCAGUGCUGCCAACUUCUGGUGUUCUCCUGCAGACAGGCCCUAGUGGAAGGAUCCAAGCCUUGAGGAGCCAGAAGGAAAAAGAAAGAAAUCCCGAUAGGAUUUGUCUUGACAGACGGGGGCUCUCAAAACUCCCCAUGCUCAUAGGUGAGACGAGAGUUCGUUUGCUGUCACUCCAACAUAACCUCAUCACCAGACUUGAUGGUGUGCCAACGCAAGGACUCACAAAACUUAUCUUCCUUGACAUUUACGACAAUCAACUCGAACGCAUCACAGGUCUUGAUUCUCUUGAGAACCUUCGUGUCUUAUUGGUAGGGAAAAAUAGAAUUCGACGUAUCGAGGGGCUGAACUCUGUGACAAAACUGGAAGUGUUAGAUCUUCAUGGAAAUCAGAUUACACAAGUUAGUGGGUUGUCAGCACUGAGUGAGCUCAAAGUUCUUAACCUCGCAGGCAACCAGAUUAGAAUUGUAGGUUCAUCUGACCUCGAAGGUUUGCAGUCAUUGCAGGAACUUAACCUGAGACGCAACAGGAUAAAGCGUUUGUUGGGAUUUGCAGAAACGCCUCGGUUACAGAAGCUGUUCCUCAGCAACAAUGAACUUCACACUGUUGACAACAUGAGCAGUAUAGUGAAAGCCUCGCAGCUGAGUGAGAUCACUGUGGAUGGUAACCCUGUAUCAUUGGGUGGGGACUGCGUGUCAUUCCUUGUCUCUUAUCUUCCCAACUUAAAGCUGCUGAGUUGCAUGGAAGUUACUGAAUCAGUGAGGAAGGCUGCACUAGUUUGGCGAGACAGUAAGGAAGCAUUAACGCACAUGUCCCAGCAUGGCGCUAAAGAAAUGUGCACCGAUGUUCGGAGAGAAAAAGUAAUUUCUAAUGCCAGAACCAACUGGGAACUCUUACGCUCACAGACACAGUGUUCCACGAGUACCAGUCUUAGCAGCUCUCUGAAAGACUUGCAUAGUGAUAAAAGUUUUGAGGUUCCGAAUGAAAGGCAUGUUCAGAGUGACUCUGGUGUGAGCAGUGUUGCCUCUUCUAUCUCUACAAACCCAUACAGACCAGUAGCCAAUGUGGGGAAGAGACUCAGGAGUGCUCGACCAGCACUGUUGAACGCAUCGGAGAAGAAGCGAUCGAGUUAUGCUAGUCGCUCAGCCUCUCAAGAAUCCAACACUUCCCAGCAGACAGCAUCAUCAGCCACAGCAAGCAUCGAUUUCUUUCGACUCCCACCUAUUCUGACUCCUCUGUUGACUGACUGGAAGUCUCCGCAGGAGAUUGGUGAAAGUCACGUGAAUGAAGGUACUGCACAGUGUGAUGCGAUGAGACGAUGUGAUAGUCUGUCUAGUGUUGAACCCAAUGUUGACAGUUCAUUGAGCUCUCUGCCCAGUGAUUCUGGUAGUAGUAGUGACACUAAUAAUGUUAGCAGUAGCAGUGAACAUUCAGAGUUGGAGUCCAGCGAAGAGCCUGCCUCUCCUCACGAAGUUGCCAAGGGAAACAACAAGGUUCCGAGGAACGUGAAAAGUGCUAUUCACUACCGCAAGAAUGUGCCCCGUAGGGCACAGACUAGGGCUGCUACAGGACGAGUGCAACAUAAACCCUCAAUGCAUCAGGGCAGGGUGCGGGAGCAAGGAGGAGAUUUCCUUGUAGAGAUAUGUGGUCGGUGUCUCAAUAUAUACGGGCAGGGAGCCCUCCGUUUCAUAGACCGGCCAUGGAAUUCUGGGAAAGCUGCAGAUGUGAACACAGUCAAGUUCAAUUACAUCAAUUUCAAUAAUAUCAUCCCAGUUCUGGGCCGCAUCAAGCAGCGAUUCCCAAACGUGGAGCACUUUCUUUUCCGAGAGACGAACAUCCAUUAUGUUGGCCAGCUGAAUGCUUUGGCUGACAUUCAGGGUCUGACUUCUCUCUGUAUCGAAUCAGAUGGCAACCCAAUCACCUGCAAGGAGUGGCAGAAGUACACCAUUUACAGACUGUCUCACUGGGGGCUCAGGAUUAUAAAUGGGGUCGAGAUAUCAGAUGAGCAGGUAGCAGCUGCAUGUGCAGAGUUCCAGGGACUGAGUGACAUCGUGCUGUGCUCACUUCCUGACGUGUUGCUACAGCCUCUCUUGGGACGCCUUCACCUAGAGGGUUCUCGCUUUAUGUCACCACAGCAGCAGCCUGUCAAUGCUAAGCAGUGGUUGUGGAGUGCUGAUCCUGCGCUCCGCAGUGUCGUCGCCAAGGAGGCGCUUCAGUGGCACAGGGGCACGCUCUGUCAGGAAGAUAUGAUGUGGCGGCACAAAGGGAGGUCCCACCUGAGUUCAUUGAUAGAAGUGGCAUGUGCUGCAGUUGAGAAGUUGAAACUGUUGGAACAUGAAUGGCCAGCCAUCUUGGCUGAGCUGGUGCAGGAAACGCUUGUUGACUAUUCUCAUCUUGACUCAUAUAUGAAGAAAUGUAUGCAAAGUCUCAGAAUGUAACAGUGAUAGUAACAGCUGUAAGUUUGUAUGAUCCACCAACCCUGCGAAGCAGAAUCUUCUUGAGAAGCUGGUAACUUGCUCAGCUAUUCAAGAAAUUCCCUACCUUUUAUAGUAUCUGAAGAUUCAUUAAUGUGUUCACAAGAACCUGACUUCAACCUGA